UCUUCUCUGUCUCUGCUGUACAGUCAUCUUCGCAACAGCCGCCACCACCAUGUCUUCUCAAAGGACUCUAGGCAUUUUCCUCCAGGAGACCUUCGGGUCUUUCGCUCUGCUGAUGAUGGUGUUCCCGUUCAACAGCUUCUUGGGCGACACGUGGUCCGCCUGGAUUCAACACUUCUUCUCCGUCAUGAUCACGGACUACACCAACGGAGGCGCCCAGGUCAACCCCGCUAUGUCGGUCGGCACUUUCUUCUACGGUUGGAACGACCAGUCGUCCUUGGUGGUCCGCAUCGUGGGACAAAUGGUGGGCGGCUUCUACGCGUUCCCCAUCAUGGCGAAGCUGCUCCCCAGCUACGCCACGAGCAGCAUGGGCGGGCCCACCCUGGCGGCGGGCGCUAGCACGGGUCAGGGCAUGGCCUGGGAGUUCGGCUCGACGUUCGCGUUGAUCCUGAUCGUGUACGUCGCGGCCACGCAGAUCGGUCUUCCUGGACAGCGACCGGUGAUCGCCACGGGCAUCCGCGCGCUUAUCCACUUGAGCGCUGUCAAGGGCGGGAAGACCGGGCCCGCCAUGAACCCCAUGAUCGCGACUGCUUGGGCGGUGUACGACAAGUCUGUCACCAUGGACCAGCAGUGGUUCCUGGUGUACUGGGUCGCUCCUUGCGCCGCGGCGGUGGCAGGCACCCUGCUGUGGAAAGCUCUCGAGCCCAAACCCAAGGCUAAAACCGACUGAGCUCACGUGGAGUUUUGUGGGGAUGGUUGGUGCGAGGGGGGGGGGGCGAUGCCUGGAGCAUCUAGACGGGACGCUGUACGGGGAGGACAGCAUCCGAACAGCAGAUUGGAAAGGGGAAACUUUUCCCCACAAUUUUCCGCGUCUUUUUUAUCAUGUCCGAUAUCGUUUUUCCCUUUUGUGUAAUCGGUGUUGCAUCCGGUUUCACGCACAUUGUUCUCUGUCAGCGUGCAAGGCCUUUUGAGCACGCAUGCAGCAAGGAGGGGUGGCAAGUGAGUUGUGGCGGGGGUGUUUCGUUUUUAGAGUAUCCGCCCCGCAGGUUAGCGCAGUCAGUCGCGCUAUGCAUAUUACUUGAAUAUUUUUCAUAAUGUAGUUGCCUCCCUUGUCUCAUACUCGGAGUUUCUUGGUGUUUUAUUAGUCAAAAUAGAGUUCAGUUAGGGUAGAGUUUUGGGUAGCCUCGUGUUCUGGAUAGGCACCCGUCCUACAGCAGCAUUCGCGUCGGCACUGUUGUCAACGCGCUGAGGGUUGUACCUUGUUGCAGCUGCUGUGUGUGACGUCACGAGUUGCAUAGUGGCAGGAAGUGGACGACGCUGUCGGAGUAUGUGUACGAGCUACGUAGCGCAGGGCACUAGGCGGUAGAAAACCGUAAUUCGUGUUUUUCACCGGCAGCACGCGUUGGCAUUCAUGGGCCGGGGAUAUAGUCUUCCCCUGAGUUCUGCGCGAAUGCCUCCGCCGCCACACCGAAUAUAUAAUUCCGCUACGGCGUUGACGAGGUUUCACUCGGUAAUUGUGUUUUUUUUAGUUUUCUUGUCUUGUGUGUUUAGGAACGACGUCACUACAAUAUUUAU